UUUGUGCUAUGCUCCGUAGUGUACACAGGGUGCGAAGAUCAGAUUGGUAGCCCGCUAGGAUGAUCUAACGAUAAUAGAACGGGUAAAUGUGGUCAUGUUGCAGUCGCUGGCACUGAGUUCGCGGAGGACUGGCUGGAAUAACUGCAUUUCAUGUGGCGCCCUGGAGAAGCGCAACACUGAAAAGACAUAAGCCGCCGGAGACACACUGCUCCCCCACCCCCCAAACAAAAAAUGGGGUCUCGGUCUGUGAGCCUAAGGUGAAGUCUCUCUUAGCUAAUGGCAAAUUUCGCGAAUUACCAAGAAGGCAAAGCCGCUAUGUUUAUGCUGGAAACGCAACAGAGGGCUUUCGGGACUAUGCCUGCCGCAGCUGCGACGGAGAACGGCGGGGAACCCCCUUCCGUACUAAAUGGUUUUCAUCAACAACGGUCACUGCCCUCUGAUCAACAGCGGAGUGAAGCACAUCAACAGCAGCAACAGUAUCACUACCGGCAAAACGCUGCCCAGGAAAACAACCUGGAAUCACCGGCGAGGAAGGGUUCCACGUUCUCUCUUAACCGGGCACAUGAGGACUCAGCCGCUACUGCGUGCAACAUAAACGCUCCCUCAGCUUACCCUACUGUGAAUGCCAGUUCCGCGGUCACGGACGACAUCAGAAAGUGCGGGUACCUGAGAAAGCAGAAACACGGACAUAAGCGUUUUUUCGUUCUGCGGGCGUCGAGUCAUUUGGGACCGAGCAGACUGGAAUACUACGACAGUGAAAAGAAAUUUCGUAACGCGCUCCGCUCGACCGCCGCCGGCUCUACUGCAGCCUCAUCUGGCGGGACUGCGGUGACCGCCUCUCAACCGAAAAGGGUGAUCUAUCUCUAUCAGUGUUUCACUGUCAACAAGAGGGCGGAUGCUAAGAGUAAACAUCUCAUUGCUCUUUAUACUAAGGAUGAAUACUUCGCGAUUGUCGCCGAGAAUGAACCGGAGCAGGAGGAGUGGUACCAGGCGCUCAGCGAGCUCAUGAGUGAGGGCAAGAGAGGCCACAUGGACGCAGAGGAGACCGAUGACGGCUAUGGUACUGUAACUCCUGGCACUGACUUUAAAGAAGUGUGGCAGGUAAAUGUUAAACCAAAGGGCUUGGGCCAGACUAAGAAUCUAACCGGUGUGUAUAGGCUCUGUCUGUCUGCUAAGAGCAUACAUCUGAUGAAGCUGAACUCUGAGACGCCUUGUGUGAAUUUGCAGCUUAUGAACAUAAGGCGCUGUGGUCAUUCUGAGAGCUUCUUUUUCAUAGAGGUGGGCCGUUCCUCCUCUAUAGGACCUGGGGAGCUGUGGAUGCAAGUGGACGAUUCUGUGGUGGCUCAAAACAUGCACGAAACCAUUCUGGAGACCAUGAAGGCGCUCAAAGCUUAUGCAGAGUUCAGACCGAGAAGCAAAAGCCAGUCGUCUGGCUCCAACCCAAUGGGUUUUAUCACCACACGGCGGCACCUGGGCAACCUGCCUCCCAGUCAGACGGGGCUCCAGCGGCGGUCUCGGACCGAGUCUGUGGUGGGCACUCCAUCUAGCAGAAAGAAUAGUGGGGCGAACGGGUACAGAUUCCGAACCUCCAGUGAGGGAGAAAGCACCAUGAACCGCCCAUUUCGCUCUGUGACAGGUAGCCUUAUUCAUCUCAACACAGCCCGUGCCAACCUGAGCCGUCAGGAAAAUAGCAGUGGGGCUGGCGCACGCUACAUACGUGCCCCGCCGGGAUCCACCUAUCAUGCCCGCUCUGCCUCGCUGCCAGUCUCGCACUUUCCCUCGACUACCAGCCCAGUCAGUAUGUCAAGCAGCAGUGGGCAUGGCUCUGUGACCGACACCAUCACUCGCCCCUCCAGCACAUCCAUUUGUGGAUCACCGAGUGAUGGAGGUUUCAACUCCUCCGAUGAGUAUGGCUCCAGCCCUGGAGACUUCCGCUACUUCAGAGUACGCAGCAACACCCCUGAGUCCCUAGGAAACACGCCACCCAUCCGCGAGGAGCACUGCCUCAGUGACUACAUGGCUAUGGGAUUUAAUCGUGAUGUGUAUGGGACGAGCGAAGCUGAGGCAACCCGUGACGAAAAUGCUAACGAAGAUUCACAACCGGGGUCGUUAAGGAAGCGGACGACCUCUUUCUCCAGGCAGGUUGGGGGUGCUAGUACUCCAGUAGCUGUUUAUCAGAAGAUGACACAGACCACCUUCUCGCAGGACGAGGCUGUGGUUGAGAGUAGCUCCUGGAGUGCCAGUGCACAGACCAUCUCUACAUCCUCCUCUCUCUGCUCUGACUACAGCUCCAGUUCUGAACAUAGCCAAGACCGUUUUGCUAGCUUACGGCCUGCAGACGCCCAUAAAGAUGAUGGCUACAUGCCCAUGAUAGCAGGUGUGCUGCCCUCCACCAGUGAUGCAGACUACAUGCCUAUGCAACCAAAUAUCCAUCUCUCUGGCUCUCCACAAGUCCACAGUGCUGCUUUACCUGUUCCCCAGCACAUGGACUCUCAAGGCUAUAUGAUGAUGCUCCCUGGUAGGAGUGGGUCUACUGACUCCCCUGCCCCAUCCAGCCUUGACUUUAGCAGAAGUGGAGAUGGGCGGAGAGCCUCAAAUCACCUUACGAAUGCAGAAUACAUGGACAUGGCUCAGAACACCGCCACACCUAAUGCUCAAAAGGUUUCUAAUGAUAAUUACUAUGCCUUGACCACUCCUGUGAUCCCCAAGUCCCACAGUCCAUAUUUCUCCCUCCCUCGCUCAUACAAAGCUCCAUCCAGAGACCAGCCUGAACAUGACGAGUAUGUUGCCAUGAGUUCCCCAGUGAAAUCAGUCUGCACAACAGAUUGUAGUAGCAGCUGCCCACCUUCUGAAACCACACAUCAUAAUGGCUGCACAGACCGCCAUGCAGUUCGGCCAAACCGUCUACCCCUGGGAAGGCGGAGCUUGCAUGGCUCUUUACGAACAGGUGAAACUGCAAUGCGCCCUUCCAGCCCUGGAGAGUACAUCAAUAUUGAAUUUGGGGAUCGGCCCAACUAUCCUGUAUUCCCGUUGUCUGCUGAAGGCCCAGUCUCAACCCUCAAUAUCAGCAGAGAACAACGUAAGUCCCCCCUGCCACAGGACUACAUGAUUGUCGAAGUGGGCAGUCUUCCACCAAAGAGUCGGUCCCCAAGGCCCUCUCUGGUGGCCCCCUGGAAUCCUCCUUCAUACAUCCUGCCCUCCUCAUCCUCCCACUGCAACAAACUCGCUAUUGGUAAACCUGACGACUACACCGAAAUGUCCUUUGCAGCUGGGGAGGAGUCCAAGAGUCCUACAGACAUGCUUGAGCGUCUGUGUAUCCUGGAACGACAGUUUUUCCCUUUCACUCCACAGACAGAGCCCAAGGUUGUCCGUGCUGAUCCUCAAGGCAGGCGGAGACACAGCUCAGAGACCUUUAUGACAUCAUCAGGAACACCAGUUGGAAGCAGUCAGGAUGCCAUAGGCACAGUGCCUUGCAGCAGUCAGCAGGUGGGGUGCAGUAAGUGUCAGAACUCUGCUUCUUUUGACAGCGUUUGGACAGACAGUGUGACAUCUAGCAGUGAGGUGACACCAGGAACCUCCUCAGAAAGAGCCAAUUCCCCCUCUUGGAGGCCUGGAAGUACUUUACCUGCAGAACACCAAAAUGGCCUAAACUACAUCGCCCUAGACCUGAGAGAUGACCUCCAGCCUGGUAACACGUGCGGUCACGAUGCAGUUUCCUUGCCAUCCUCAAGUGCUCCUCCAGAGGACGGUGCCUAUGCCAGUAUAGAUUUAAUCAAAUAAGAGGGGCUUACGUCAGCAUCUAAAGACUGAAGACAGCCCAAUCAAAUUCUUGCAGAUAUGCCGGAUGACAUGAUGGCGCAUGACCCUGCGGUACAACACAAGGAUCCUGAGAUUUCUUUUUAUUGAAGUUAUUUUUUUAUUGUUCAGUGUGCUGUCACAGAGCGGACAUAUGUCCUGUAUGAGUUCAGUGCUUUAUUAUGAUUUGGAUCACAAUAUUUGUUUUGCUGCUUAAAAAGGGAGGUCAGAAAGCUACCAUAAUCCAUGAGUCUGGUUUGGGCAGGUGCAUGCUGUUAACAAGCAUCACUAACCUCUACAAACUGUAUUUAUUUCUCAUAAAAUUUCAGGUGCAAUACAGAUAGUUAGUGUUUAUGUUUAUGUUUUGCUUUGUCAAAGAAAACCUAUAUUGAUAUUGUACAGACUACAGAGGGGUUGUAUCUGUAAGGCAGUAGUGUCUCUUUAUUAAUGUCUUGCACAUCUUACAUUUUGGACCGCAGACACCUCCUUUCAGUAGUAUCAACACUGUUUCUCAGUCUGUGUCAGGACAAUUGCAUCCUGCUUUCAGUGCCUUCUUGGCAUAUGGCAUAGUCCAAACAUAGGCCUUUCAUCUGUCUUCUCUUACUAAUUUUUGAUCAUCAUCUUCUCUUUGUCAAAUGCAUUGGAGUGUCAGAUGGAGAGGUGGGGGGUAUGGUAUAUUUGGGUUAUACCCAAGAUGCCAGAUGAUAUCUUCUACAUUUGCUAAAAUGCCACCAGGAUGAGCACAGCAUUGAUUACAUAAUCCAAAUAAAUAUAAAUAAUGAAAUCUCUAGUUACUUAUUUGGUACCUACAAGACACUGUAAUAGAGGCCAGCCUGUCUUUAACCCUAUGUGAACAAAUAGCACAAUACGCAGGUACAAAAAGCUCAGUUCUGUCUUUUUAAUAUUAUUUUGUGUAUGCUUAUGGCAAGAUUGAAGGUUCUACUUUUUUUAAUCAACAAUCCACUUCAAUUAUACCUUUUAUGUUUAUACUCUUUUAAAGAUUGACACAACAUUUCAUUUCUGUAUUUAUAAUUGAUUAUAUUUAAAACAUGUAUUACUAACCAAUCGGCUGUUUAUUUCUUUACCUCUCCCCUCUCAGGUUUGUGCUCUCUGCAUGUCACGCUUUGAUCAGGCUAUUCUUACAGAUCAUGCAGAGAGCUCAUUAAUCUGUGGCUGCCACUGUGUGGUCAGCAGCAGUGUUUUCUGCAUUAAGAAAAUAUGCUGGAGAAGAGCGGGAAAUGCACACUACUUAAUCUGCAGCUUUAGGUUGAAUUGACGGAGAAAUUUUUGUAUUUACCCAUUACUGCAACAUGUUUGAAAAGAAUCAAAACAUAAUAUGAAUCAUAAUAACAUAAUACUUGUGACAAAGAAAGUUGCAAAUAUAAUAUCUGGUACGGUUGUCAUUGUUUGCUGUCAAUGGCAUGAAAGGAAACUUUGUGUUCUGCAUUUCAAAAGUGAUUAGUGUGUCUGGUUAAACCAUUCCUCAUGGAAUUACCAAACUAAUGUCUUAACUAGCACAGAUUAUUACAGUCGAGCUGUGCUUCUGUGGAAACAUGGUUUUACCAAACAUACCAACUAUAUUUUAGACCUAAAAUUGCCUCUACAUAAUGAAAAUUAGAUUUUAAACUAAAGCGUAUGGGAAUUUUUUAUUUUUUAUUUUAUUUUAUUUUUUUGUAACCGUGAGCCAAGUUGUAAUGAACUCCAUUUAAAUGUAUUUGAUUUCAGCCUUUUGCUAAUGUAUGUGAUUUAAGUUGGCUGCUGUUUUGACAUGAAUUUCGAGUAACCGUCUCUAUUCAUUAAAAUUUCUAUUUGGAACUUGAUUUAAGUGAUUACAUAGUACAGAUGUGCAGUUGUACAACAUUAAUGUGUUUUGCCCUUAUUUUUUUAUAUUUUUUAAAAGUUGGCUAAACUUUUUGAAAGGCAGUUUAAUAUACUCCAUUUCAAAAUCAAAGCGACAGGAUGAUGGGACAUACCCUUGCCUGUGUUGUCUUUUUGUAAUGUCGUCAAACCUCUGACUAACGUUUUGGUACACUUGCACUCUGCUUGCUGUUGUUUAUCAAUUCCAAAAUUGAUGGCAAAGUUCAGAUGUUGAGGUCAGCCUUUCAGAUAAACUCUGAGAGAAAAUAUAAAAAACCUAUUUUUAUGGCUAUGUCCAUGUGUACAUACUGAUGCUUUAAUCCUGCAUUUGAUUUGACAUUUGCUUUUUCCUCUGGUGGGAAAAAAAGAAAGUGAUGGCAGGUAAAUCAUUUGAGCUUAGUGUUUGCAUUUAUAAUUUUUUGCUUUCAAUAGAGCUAUUGCAAUAAAAAAAAAAGUUCU